AUGUUCCAGGGAAAUUGGACAUCUGUAACAAAGUUUUUCUUCCUGGGAUUUACCUCCUACCCAAAAGUUGAGAUCAUCAUAUUUGUGUUGUGUCUGUUGAUGUACCUGAUCACCUUCCUGGGCAAUAUUAUUAUAAUCUCCAUCAGCAUUUUAGAUUCUCGCCUGCACACCCCCAUGUACUUUUUCCUCAGCAACCUCUCCUUCCUGGACAUCUGGUAUACCUCUUCUGCUCUAACACCAAUGCUGACAAAUUUUGUUACAGGAAAAAACACCAUUUCUUUCUCAGGAUGUGCUGCUCAGAUGUAUUUCUCUCUUGCCAUGGGGUCCACUGAGUGUGUGCUCCUGUCCAUGAUGGCAUAUGACCGGUAUGUGGCCAUUUGCAACCCCCUUAGAUAUCCCAUCAUCAUGAACAAGAGGAUCUGUUUGCAGAUUGCAGCUGGCUCCUGGGUGACGGGUUGCCUCACUGCACUUGUGGAAACUACGUCGGUGCUGCCGCUCUCUCUCUGUGGCAAUAACAUCAUCAAUCAUUUCACUUGUGAAAUUCUGGCUGUCUUGAAACUGGUUUGUGUGGAUACCUCCAUGGCACAAUUAAUCAUGCUGGUGAUCAGCAUACUUCUCCUUCCUAUGCCAAUGCUUCUCAUUUGUAUCUCUUAUGCCUUCAUCCUCUCCAAUAUCCUGAGAAUCAGCUCAGUGGAUGGCAGAAGCAAAGCCUUUUCAACAUGUGCAUCCCACCUGACUGUGGUAGUUUUAUUCUAUGGGACAGCUCUUUCUAUGUACCUGAAGCCUUCUGCUGUAGAUUCACAGGAAGUAGAUAAAUUUAUGGCUUUGAUAUAUGCUGGAUUAACCCCCAUGUUGAAUCCCAUCAUCUACAGUCUACGGAACAAAGAGGUAAAAGGAGCAGUAAAAAAAAUGCUCAUUAGAAAUCCUUUUGGUACUUUCUUAAUUUCCAUUUUUAGGUAA